AUGAUCGUCAAGCUAUCCCACGAAAUCGAUAACUACCCUGAACCAGACGAUGCAGGCACAAUCAGAGUCACGACAAGGAUCUUUGGCGAAGAUGAUUACUCGACGUUCACGACUCUUUCGCUUGCAAAAGACUUCAUGGAUGAUGAGAACGAUGAGUGUAAAAGCAAACAAGACUUGAACUACUUCUUGUUGGAAGCUGGAGUCAACGAAGAUGUUCUCAAUAAUGCGAUACUGGAGCUAAUUGUCUUUGUCGAUGAGGUUACUUGCCCCGUAAGUAAUGAGUAUUCUCCUGGAUGUGCUUUAAAAGUUUGGUUGGAUAUUGUUCCUGAGUAUCUCGAUGAUGAUGAUGAUGAUUCUCGGGUUCAAGAAGCGGUUCAAGUCUCGUUUGAUGAUACUAGCAGUAUCCAGUUUCGACCUGCGAGCAAGCACGUGGUCAAGUCGCUAACCAGGAAAGUAUACAACAAGAAGAUUAAAAAGGAAAAGAAGAGGAAGAUGAUUAGCUUGGACGAGUGCAGGAUUUGUUUGCAAGAGUUUAGCAAUGGAGGAGUAGUUGUGACAUUAUCUUGUGGACAUGAGUUUGACGAGGAGUGUAUUGUAAAGUGGUUUGAGACCAGUCAUGUUUGUCCGUUGUGUCGUUUCGAGUUGCCAUGUCAAGAUGAAGUAUAG